GAUUUUCUUCUUCCCAAAGCAAAUUUAGGAUUUUCUGUUCCUGUGUUUGUUCAUGUUUUUACACUAAAACCAACAAAUGUUUCUCUCAUGUGUGAAUGAAAACCUUGUGAUGCUCAUGGUGGUAAAACUUUGUCAUUAAGAGUUACAUUUUCUUUUUCAGCAGCAGCUUUUCAAGAAAAAGUUAAAGUGAAUUUUCUGUGUGAACCAGAUAAAAUGUUGCAGUUAACCAUGAAAACCUCAGCUGACACUUGGAAAUCAAAGCUGAUGUUCAACAUCCCUCCACACACACUGAGCUUCAUUUAACUUAAAGACUUUUCAGUAGUUAACCACACAUGAAUGUUCAGUUUCAGGAAAGUUUUACAGAAAUUUCGCAGUCCAGUUCUUUAUGGACUGACUUUGUAAAUAGUCUACAAAGCUAAUGCCUUUUUUCUUUUCUUAAAAAGAGCCUUGAGAGUAUUUGUUUUAUAUUGUUGUGUGGGUGUGUUGUGUUGAUGCUUGAUGACUGAUGUUAUGCGCAAAAAUUAAAAUAGCAAACACAAACCAGUGUUGGGGUUUGCAAAGCUGCUGAAAGAAACACAAACAUUAUCACUGAAGCCUAACUUAAAACCCACCGGAUAAACCAAGCCAAGAUUACACAAACAAAAAGGUGAACAUAAACAGGUGUACUUAUCUAGAUAACAAACGUGCAGCAGUUCCAGUAAUCUCAGUCACUUUGAUGCAACACCAAACACUCUAAACUAGCCCAACACAAACUACCAUUAACAUCUAAAGUUUAAGCACAAAUGCUGAAUUUAUGACAGAACACAAACAAACCCAAAGAGCAGCCAAAAGAGCUGUAUAUUACACAAAGGCAAAACAAAACCAAACCGAGACUACAAAUGCUACUAAGGCUGAACACACAACCAGUUAGGUUUAACCCUGCUGAAACAUCUAAGUAGUCUACGUAUCAAAAUGCCACCACUAAGAACAGCAAACACACAGUCGAAUACACCACCACAAUUCUACAAAGCUGAGCUCAAAACCAUCUGUGCUAACCAGCUUCUCCCUCCAGAAUGAACACAGCAGCAGUCCUUUAUUUCUUGGUUGCUGGCAGGCUGCGAUGCGAUUGGCUGGGUGAUGAGCCAACCAGAGGGGAGGAGGCGAGGGUGCGUCUGGUCUAGCCACUUCUAACCGACAUCAGGGCCUGGCAUUUGCAUGCAUGACGAGCCUCAGGUGGCAACAAUGAGCGGCAUCUGUAACACUGUGUGUGCGAGUGUGUGUGCGUGUGUGUAUGUGUCUCAGGAAUACGUUUUCUUUCUGAACAUCUUAAAAGAAGGCAUAAAGAAAACCAGUCAUGGUCAUUAUGAAAUGCCACUCUCCUUUAAACAGAAGCCUCAGCUCCCUGACAAACAGGGAGGCUAUAAACAGAGUUACGUGAAGCUCAUGAUGGAUUUGAUUAAAAAGUGUGAAGCAGAGGAGGUCCAUAGGGAAAGUGGUACAUUCCCCACCAUGGAGUUUAUCACUCCAAAAAACCUGAUAAGCUCUGUGUAGUUUUUGAUUGUUCAGCUAAGUACAGGAGAACCAGCCUAAAUGACCACCUGUUAUAGGACCAAGUUUAACAAAACUUCUUCUAUGUGUACUCAUCAGGUUCCAACAACAUCCGGUUGCCUUGAUGUGACAUUGAGAGAAUGUUUCAUCAGGUCUUUGACUAUGAAUGUCAAAAGAGACAACUUAGGCUUUUUGUGGUGGAAGGAUCAAAGCCUGAGUGUGUUCACAUUGUUCAUGGUUCACUGCGAAGAUUUUGUUCAAUAAAUAUUGUGAAACAUCGACCAACCAUCAUUCAGCCAGGGAUGCUACACUUAUUAUUAUUAUUAUUAUUAUUAUUAUUAUUAUUAUUGUUUACGUCUUCUAUUUCACAACUGACAGUGCACAUACAUUUGUGCAAACCCACCCAUUUUUGUCCUAACUUGUGGUUAGUAAAAAAAAAAUGUACACAUUUGGGCUAGCACUAGGUCCGCAAACCAGACAUUGGAAAACCACUGAGGGGUGUGGACUGCUGGUGGGAAGUGGUUUUGGACACUGCUGAUGAAGCGCUGCGGCCUUUUAUUCUUCACGGAUAGGUUGCAAAAAAAUGGCUUUUUGAAUUGAAACAAAUGGUUUUUCGAGUGAACUGAAGCUCUGAGGUAUAGACGCUCAGCUUCAAAGUUUGAAAACGGAACCAAGUCGUCUUGCUCCUCUUUCUGCUCCGUUUGUGUCCGACUUGAGGGGGGGAGAAGAUGAUCUGCAGUAUGCUGCUGCUCCUCAUCCUCAUCUCAUCUGUCUGUGCAGCAACAUUUGUAGUGAAUGUGACACAGAGCUCCUAUCAGGCAGAGGAGAACCACAACAUCACUCUGGAGUGGACCUUCACCACCAAACCUGACAUCUCCUGGAGGUUCCUGUUUAUCUUCUGUGACCUGAUAACUGAUCACAGAGUCUUCACCCUGUAUCAUGUCCAUGAAGGAGUUGAGGUACCAGAGUCUCAGCAUGGACAGUUUGUAGGACGAGUCCAGAGUGAGAAAGACGUCCUCAGAGAAGGACGAAUCAGACUUCAUGUGUCCAGACUCAGAACUGAUGAUUCUGGUCUGUAUGUGUGUGAUGUGACGACAGAUUACGGCUUCAGCUCUGAAGAAUGUCAACUGAACGUUACCGCAGCUGCUGGUCAGGAUCAACUUCAGAGACCAACUGAGAAUCAACAACCAGUCAAUCGAGGAAGAAUUGGCAUCUUUGUUGCACUGGGACUGAUAGCAGCAGCAGCAGCAGCUCUGAUGAUCAAACUCAUCUCAAAUAUUUGUUUUAAUAAAUCUACUGAGAAGACGACAAACUUCAGAUCAGCUGUUUAACAGAAACCUGAAGGUCCAUGAUGCUGAUUUUCAUCCUGACAGACCUCUUAACCCUGUAUCAUGUCCAUGAAGGAGUUGAGGUACCAGAGUCUCAGGAUGGACAGUUUGAAGGACGAGUCCAGAGUGACAAAGACGUCCUCAGAGAAGGACGAAUCAGACUUCAUGUGUCCAGACUCAGAACUAAUGAUUCUGGUCUGUAUGUGUGUGAUGUGAAGACAGAUUAUGGCAACGGAUCUAAAGAAUGUCAUCUCAGCGUCAUGGGUGAUUUACGUCAUUCAAACUUUGUAGAAUUUUGUAUGUGAGGUUUGUAGUAAAUCAGACACACAAAAGGGUUUGACUUCAGUCUCUCAGAGAUUUUUGCUGCUAGAUGAAAGUUCAGGAUCGUACACAAUGUUUUAUAGUUCUUGCCAAAGUAAGAUAUAAGACAUCAGAUUUUAACACAAGUCCUAAAGAAAAUAAAUAAAAAAAUGAAUAAAUAAAAUAAAAAAACACAGCCUAAUGCACAAAACAAAGUUCUCCACAUUGGCUGCAAAGCAAACUGUCCUCUCCAGAACAGACUAGUAGAUAUACAACAUCUUACUACACACAGUUUAAGAAAAAAAUAAAGAUUAAUAAUGUUUCUGCUCAGUUUCUUUUGGCUGCUUCAUUUAAAUCUAGACUUUUGAAAAAUGUUUUUACAUGUUUGUAAAGAAACAAAAUGGAGUGUUUCUAAACUCUGAAGUACUGUUUUCAUUUUUUUUUAUCAAACUGUUUUUACUUCAUGCAAAUGAUUCGUAUGAAUUUGUUUUACAGAAGUGGGGAAUCAGCAUGAACCUGAGACAACAAAAACAGCAAGUGGAGAAAAAGUCAUUGUCUUCUGGAAGAUUUUCCUGGCAGCUGUUUUUUUUUGUUUGUGUGUUUUUGUUGUUGUUGUGGUUUUCAUUUCAUUGUUUCUUUUGCCCUCCACAUAGGCCUUCCCUCCAUGGGUGGUCUCUUAUCCAUCCAAGCCUGAGUCCUCUACCAGAGGCCUGGGAACUUGAGGGUUCUGCAAAGUAUCUUUGCUGUUCCUAGGACUGCACUCCUCUGGACCGAGAUGUGUGAGGUUUGUCCUGGGAUCUGCUGUAGCCACUCUUCCAGUUUGGGAGUUACUGCCCCGAGGGCUCUGAUGACCACGGGCACCACUGUUGCCUUCACUUUCCAGGCCUUCUCAAGUUCUUCUUUCAGGCCUUGUUAUUUCUCCAGUUUCUCAUCUUCCUUUUUCCUGAUGUUGCAAUCGCUUGGUAUUGCG